AUGAAAACUAUCCUUUAUACUAUCUUACUUUUCACCUUAGUUCACUCAUAAUGCUAUUUAAGAACUAUCCAAACUUGCCUUUUAGAUGAAAAAUGCUAAUUAGUUAAAGAAUCAUGCCAAGAUCGCCCAAACAAAUGUUAAGAAAUUGAUGCCACAAAUCCUAAUAAUUGCAGUGGAAUCUAAUGUUAUUAUGAUUUUAAUUUAAAAUCUUGUUAGGUAAAACUCAUUAUAAAUGUUAAGCCUUAUGAAGAUGAAUUUGAAAUUAGAUCAAGAAGAAUUUUAGACCAUAAAGACAAUCGGGACAAUGAAAUAUCAGAAAGUUAACAUUAAGAUUAGAAUUAACAUAAUGAUAUCCCCAGUUAAAAUGGAGGAUUCCAGAAUUAGCCAUAAAACAACACUUAAUAAUUUCCUACUAAACCACAAUAGAAUUCAACUAUAUUAACAAAUAGUACUUAAAUUUAUCCUCCAGAAACAGAAUCAAAUUAAAAUGAUCAUUCAACAAAUUCUACUUCCUAAAAUAUAACUAAUUCAAACACAACAGUUUUUGAAGCGAUUCCAUUUAAUUUCAAUAAAGAGAAAAUUCUCAAUAGUAAUUUGGAAGAAAAAGAUUUAGUUAUCAGUACAAGUUUCUCUUACAGAUUGUUGACAUGUUUUAUUGUAGCUUAUUUGUUAAUUUGA